CAAGGCUUAGGUCUUUCCAUAAAACGCUCCCUCCACUGCGAAUAUUUCUCCCUUUCCAUUGUUUUUUUGAGCUUCACAGAAAACAAAGUGGAAGCGAAUAGAUAGCGUUGGUUCUCUCUCUCUCUCUCUCUCUCUCUCUCUGCCUUUUAAACCCUAACAGAAAGGUUCCAAUGGCCGACGAAGAGAUUGUCAAUAGCGUCGCAUCGGAUGUCAAUGGUAAGGGGCCUGAGAAGGAGAGCUUGGACUCGAAGCGAGAUCUUGAUCUCGAUAAGAAAGUUUCCGAAUUGAACCGGAGGAUUGAAGUUCUGGAGCAGGAGAAGUCCGGAUUGCUGCGCGAUAAGGGGGAGAACGAUGAGAAAAUCAAGCUUCUCACGGAGGAGAUCGAAGGAUUCAAGAGGAAUCAAGAGGAUAUGGAGGUGAGAUUGGGUGAGAUGCAGAGGCAGAUUGAUGAAUCUGGAGAAGACAAGAAGGCUCUGCAAGUAAUCGCCGCUCGAGCGGCUGAGCUCGAGACGGAGGUGUUUCGCCUGCAGCAUGAUCUUUCUUCGUCGAUGUCCGAGAGCGAAGAAGCGUUGAGGGAAUUGCAGGAGGUGAAGGAUGCGUAUGAGGAGCUUAAGCAGAGCAAUCUCCAUAAGGAGUCCAUGGUCAAGGCUCUUGAGAUGGAGAAGGUUUGUUUGCUGGAACGCAUCGAUGGAGAGGUUGGAGUCUUGAAAAAAGCCAAGGCGGAGAACGAGGGCCGGAUCCUUUAUUUAGAGGAGAAAUUGUCAAUGGUUGAGGCCAAGGAAGCGAAGAACAGGGAAGAGAGCAACAAGAUUGAAGGCGAAGCGAUGGUCAAAAUCUCGGAACAAGAGAUCAAAAUUCUUCAGCUACUGAAUGAAGUUAAAGGAUUGGAAGCAAAUAUCGCCAAUAAGUCUUUGGAUCUAGUGAAGCUGGAGAAGGAGAAGGAUGAAAUAGAGGCUGCGAAGCGUUCUCUGGAAGAAGCCCUGAGUCAGUCCAAGGAGAAAAUCAAGGAGAAAGAAGCUCAAGUCAGUCAAUUGCAGCAGGAGCUGUUGUCAUCUAACAACUUUGUCAUGGAACUGAAAAACCGUGAAACUGCAUGCAAAUCAUCAAUGGUUGAUGCGGAGAAUGGAUCCAAGUGCAUCAAGCUUCAGUGGCCGACAGCAGUUGCGUCCACUGGGACACUUGCUGCUGCCGCUGCUUUGUUCUAUCUCAGUUAUGCAAAGCGGAGGUAGGCGAGGCCAAGAGAAACAAGAUAGAAUAGAGAAAGAUAAGAAGAGGGAACAAGUCAGUCAACAAGAGAGAACAGGUUAGAGUUCCUUUCUAACAUUGAAUAUGCCUUCGCUUUAUUAGUUUGGUUUUGUUUCGGUUCAUUUUCAAGCCUCUGUUGUACUUACAGAGCUAUAUAGAAGAAGACCGUUUCUCCUGUUUUUUUCUUUUGAUUUUGCAAACUGAGACCCUCAGUACCAGAAGAGGUUAAAAAAUCAAGAAAGAAAGUAGAGGAAUUGAGGAGAGAGAGAGAGAGAGAGAGAGAGAGAGAGAGAGUUCUGUAGAUGCAAUUGAAUGGUCUUAUAUUUUUAUGGUAAACACGUUUGUUAUGUGUAGGUGUAAUUUCAUCAUAAUUUAUGGAUUUAACUGGGUAUAGAAUAUGAACUAGGCA